AUGUCAUCAGCAAUUAAUACAAUCAAGGAUAACAUCGAAGAUGACGCACAAGCAAAGGAGAUAGCAGAGCAAGAUAAUAAUCGUGCUCGUGUGGUAGCUCUCGCGGUGAGAGAAGCAUGUGCAAUCGCCAAGUUAAGUCAGGACAAACAAGAUUGGGAAGCAGCGUGUCGCAUGAUAUCAGAGAAUAAUUUACUCACAGAUAAAGAAAAAUCCACAAUAACUGCUUUAUUAUUGCAUAAGUCUUCUUCGUGUAUGUAUUUGAUUAAUUGA